AAAGGAGCUCACAAUGACACCCAGGACAUUCAACCCCCAAGGCAGCAGCCAAUGAUAUAUAUCUGUGGAGAAUGUCAUGCAGAAAAUGAAAUAAAAUCCAGGGAUCCAAUCAGAUGCAGAGAAUGUGUAUACAGAAUAAUAUUCAAGAAAAGGACUGAAAGAUUGGUGGGUUUUGAUGCUCAGUGAAACCUGGGAAUUCAGAGGAAUGUCUUCACUUACACCUGAAUUUCCCUCUUAAUGUUUCUCAUUGUUGUAUAGCUUUCGGUUUUGCAUAUAGUAGUUCCCCCUUAUCCUUGGGGGAUACAUUUCAAGAACCCCAGUGGACGCCUGAAACCUCAGUACCAAACCCUUUAUACACUGUUUUUCCUGUAUAUAUUUAACUAUGAUAAAGUUUAAUUUUUAAAUUAGGCAGAGUAAGAGAUUAAUAACAAUAACAAAAUAGAACAAUGUUAACAAUAUACUAUAAUAAAAGUUACAUGAAUGUGGUUGGUCUCUUGCUCUCAAAAUAUCUUACACAGGCCGGGUGUGGUGGCUCACGCCUGUAAUCCCAACAUUUUGGGAGGCCAAGGUGGGUGGAUCACCAGAGGUCAGGAGUUUGAGACCAGCCUGGCCAACAUGGUGAAACCCCAUCUCUACUAAAAAUACAAAAAUUAGCUGGGCAUGGUGGUGCAUGCCUGUAAUCCCAGAUACUUGGGAGGCUGAGGCAAGAGAAUCGCCUGAACCCGGGAGGUGGAGGUUGCAGUGAGCCAAGAUAGCACAACUGCACUCCAGCCUGGGCAACAGAGCAAGACUCUGUCUCAAAAAAAAAAAAAAAAAAGGAAUGCCGCAGACUGAAAGAUAAUAUCCACGAAAUACAGAUCUGGUAUAGAACUUGCAUCCAGAAUAUGGGAUGAAUUUUUUACAACCCAAUAAUACGCUUUGCCAAAGGAGAUAAAUGGAUGACAAAUAAGCACAUGAAAAUAUGCUCACAUUAUUGUUAGGAAAAUUCACAUUGUAUAAAGUCUUAGUAUAAAAUAGUUCUACAAUAGCAUGAAAACAUAUAACCUGAGUUUUAAAUUAUUAUUUUGAGUUUUUGGCUAAAGGAGCAGAGGAAAUGGAGACGGUCAUCC